AUGGCAGCAGUGAUGGCGAUGGGGCAAGGGGAUGGGGCAAAGGGGAUGGGGCAAAGGGGAUGGGGCACGGGGAAUAGGGCGAAGGGGAUGGGGCAAGGGAUGGAGCACGGGGGACGGGGAAAGGGGAUGGGGCAAAGGGGAUGGGGCAAAGGGAAUAGGGCAAAGGAAUGGGGCACCGGGAUGGGGCAAGGGGAUGGGGCAAAGGGAAUGGGGCAAGGGGAAUGGGGCAAAGGGAAUGGAACAAGGGGAAUGGGGCAAGGGGAAUGGAACAAGGGGAAUGGGGCAAGGGGAAUGGGGCAAGGGGAAUGGGGCAAAGGGGAAUGGAGCGAGGGGAAUGGGGCAAACGGAAUGGGGCAAAGGGAAUGGGCAAGGGGAAUGGGGAAAGGGGAAUGGGGCAAGGGGAAUGGGGAAAGGGGAAUGGGGCAAGGGGAAUGGGGCAAAGGGGAAUGGGGUAAAGGGGAAUGGAGCAAGGGGAAUGGGGCAAAGGGAAUGGGGCGAAGGGAAAGGGGCGAAGGGAAUGGGGCGAGGGGAAUGGGGCACAGGGAUGGGGCACGGGGAUGGGGCAAAGGGGAUGGGGCAAGGGGAGUGGGGCAAACGGAAUGGGGCAAGGGGAAUGGGGCAAAGGGGAAUGGGGCAAAGGGGAAUGGAGCGAAGGGAAUGGGGCAAACGGAAUGGGGCAAAGGGAAUGGGGCAAGGGAAAUGGAACAAGGGGAAUGGGGCAAGGGGAAUGGGGCAAAGGGGAAUGGAGCGAGGGGAAUGGGGCAAACGGAAUGGGGCAAAGGGGAAUGGAGCGAAGGGAAUGGGGCAAGGGGAAUGGGGCAAAGGGAAUGGGGCAAAGGGAAUGGGGCAAGGGGAAUGGGGCAAGGGGAAUGGGGCAAGGGGAAUGGGGCAAAGGGGAAUGGAGCAAGGGGAAUGGGGCGAAGGGAAUGGGGCGAAGGGAAUGGGGCGAAGGGAAUGGGGCGAAGGGAAUGGGGCGAAGGGAACUGGGCGAAGGGAAUGGGGCGAAGGGAACUGGGCGAAGGGAAUGGGGCGAAGGGAAUGGGGCGAAGGGAAUGGGGCGAAGGGAAUGGGGCGAAGGGAAUGGGGCGAAGGGAAUGGGGCGAAGGGAAUGGGGCGAAGGGAAUGGGGUGA